AUGGACGGGCCUCUGUCCGUAUGUGAUGAUCAGCCGCUCCCACUACGCCGGGGCCGCCGGCUCCGCCGUGCGUCCGGCGUUGAGGAGGACCGCCUCGGCGCACUCCCCGACGACAUGCUCCAUCUCGUGCUCCGCCGCCUUGACACCCGGUCCGCUCUAGCCACCUCCGCGCUCUCCAGGCGCUGGGCGUCCCUCCCGCGGGAGCUUCCCACGCUCGAGUUCAAGGUCCGCGACAUACUCCCGCGGCGCUACAAUCAGUACCUCCGCCGUCGUACUGACGCCGCGAACAGCCGCCAGAAACCAUGCGGCUGGGGAGUAGAAGACCUUGAGGUCGUCGUCCUCAACCCCGGCGCACGUCACAGAGCGGGCUACAGCUUCCCGCAUCAUUGCUUUGCUGAUCCCAAUUUCCCGGGCGACAGCGUCAAGCUGAAGAAGCUAAGGCUAAGCAACUGCCCUCCGCUCUCCGCCGGCCCGGACGCUAACCCGCCGCCGCCACUCGACGGGUGGCCACGUCUACGAGGGCGUCAUCCGGCGUGCCCGGCACUGGAGGUGCUGCACCUCAGGUCAUGCGGCUGCCGCGAGAGGUCAUUCACCCUAGACGCGCCCGGCUCCCGGAUCAAAGAGCUGCUCAUCGAGCUCAGCGGCCGCGCGCUCGGGAUGAUUGACCUGCGUGCGCUGCCGAGGCUCGAGCGGCUGGCGUGCAUGGGCGCUCCGCUGGAGCUCAACUUCGGCAACGUACCGCGCCUCGCGCAGCUCAACCUCACCUAUGACGAGGAUGCCAACGCCAAGACUCUGGAGUUCGCCUUGUUGGGCGUGCGCAACCUGUACCUUCUCAGCAGCUUCUUGAGCCGCCUCACGGGCUUAGAGGACCUCGUCCUCCGGUUCACCGGGCCUGAGAUGUGGGUUUUACUACCUCUCAACGACAUGCCGCCGUUAGACAAGCUGAAGAGGCUGCUCGUGGCGGACGUGCCGUCGUCCUGGGACAUCACUUGGAUCCGUUACCUCCUGGAGGCCGCGCCUUCCCUUGAGACUCUGCACAUUCACGUCGCUGACGAUGACGAUGCUGGUUCCGCGGCAGCGGGUGACCAGUAA